AUGGCGUUGGCCGGAAUAAACGAAGAGAACGUUCUGCAGGAGAACACGACCAUCCGGUCAAUUGACGCCACUUAUGCGGUGCACAAAAUUAUCGGCACCGGUCGUUUCUCGUGCGUCUACAACGCGACGGAGGUGGGCACGGGCAACCCAGUGGUGAUCAAGGCGUCGAACGAUUCGGACUCGAGCAGACGGCUGGACCGGAAACUGUACCUCAAGGAACUGGACUUUUUGAACAAGCUCAAUUCCAGUCAGUUGCGGGCCCGGUACGUUCAGUUGAGGGACACCGUCAUGCUCAAAUCGGGAAUGCUAUGUUUCGUCAUGGAGAGACUUAGCACCACCCUGCAGGCCGUGCUGCGGAACAUCGGCCCUCUGCCAAUGUGCAUGUGUCGGCCGAUCGUCAGACAGAUCGCACAAGGCUUGGCGGGUCUGAAGGUUUUCGGGAUAGUGCACGCCGACCUCAAGCCCGACAACAUAAUGUUCACAUCCGGGUCAGGGACCGAUCUGCAGGUGAAGAUCAUCGAUUUUGGUUGGGCGUUCGACAUGAAGAACGUGCACACCAUGUACCAAAAGCAGAUCCAGGCGAUCCCAUACAGAGCGCCCGAGGUGUGCUUCCAAGGCAGCCUGGACCACGGUCUGGACAUGUGGGCCCUGGGAUGCAUCAUGCCGGAAAUCGUUACCGGCAUCAAGCUGUUCGACGUGGACGAGGAGCAACUGUUGAUAAAAAUGAUUAUACGCACCCGACCAGUGCCCGAGUACUUGAUAUCGGAUUACCCAACAAAUGUAUACGACACUAAACUUCCCGUCGGUUGGAUUCAAUUUCAGAAUUUGCACCAUGACGUGAUCGAGCAAAACGACCAGCAAUGCUGUGAGGACAUUAAGUGGUUCAUGGACUUGGUAUAUCAAAUGUUAGUUGUAAUGCCGGAUACGCGUAUAACAGCGGUCGAAGCACUCGCGCAUCCAUUCCUGACGAUCAUGCAUUUCAUAAAGUACCCGAGUACAGCGAUGACCAAGAAUAACACGAAGUUAAUGGAAUCAUGUAAGCUCGACAUUUGA